UCGUUCAAACAUUAGUCAUUCGACGCCGGAUUGUCGUCCAGUUUAAACCUACAUAUGCAAUGAUAAAGUGUUUACAUAUGUUUUAUAUAGUUUCGACAUGCGUGUUUUGUCAGUAAUUUUAUUCUCAUGUUUUUUGUACUAUUGUGAAUCUUACGAUAUGAUCAUCGGUGAUACUGUGCAUAGAAAAAUGGUAUUCCAUCAGAGGGUCAAGGAUUUCGCGAUACCAUUUAAAAAGAGAAUAAAAGUUUUAACGUACACAGAUCCGGAGAAAAGGAUAAUUAAGGGUAUAGCUGCUAUAGAUAAUGACUUUUCACACGCCAGCGCGAAUAUCACGGAUGGAGGAGUCGGUUUCUCACAUGUCACAGUCAGAAUGAAGAGUCAAAGGCAUCACCCGUUGAAUUUUGAAGUUGAAAUAUAUGUGUGAAAGGGCAAAAUGUGGACUUUGGUGUUUGAAACAUUGAUCGAGACAGAUUUGGUUUGAAAACUUAAAUGUUUGUUGUAAUAAACAUACGACGCGAGACGUCUAUUUGUGUAUCGCAAUCCACUAUUAUUUAUUUAAUAUUCAUUAUUGUAUUGUUCGGAAUGGUAUUGUUUAUGUUCAUCUUCUUUAUAUAUUUAUCUUCUCUUCAUGAAAUUGUAUGUUAAUAAUCUUUAUCAUCUUCAUUAUGAUAAAACAUAUUUCUCAAUGAAUGGAAUGUACUUACCUUAGAAGUAUCUUCCAUUUUUGUUUGUAUUUUUUACUACAAUUAUUUAUUUAUCUUUUUAUGCUACUUUCAAAUUAUAAAGUUAUCAAAACGUACUGAAUGGACUUCAGUACAUUAUAAAUCCUCUCUCUUUAUUUAACCGAACAAAAAUAUAUUAAAAAAUACCUUUUUUUACUUAUGACAGAAAUGUAAUUUAAACUAUAAUAUUAUAUUAUUAAACAGCUGAUACUAAUUAAAUUAUUUCUGUACACAUUAAAAAUUGUAAACAUAAUUAGAGAGAAUUACGGAGUUUGCAUAUUGAUAACAUUUAUUUCCUUAAUUUAUUAAUAUUUCUGCUACGUUUACAAUGUCACGUUGUUUCUAAGGCGUAAGUCUGAUGACUAAUUUAUUAAAUGAUAUUUUGUAUUAUGAUAAA